GCGCGCAAUCUUGACGUGCGCGCGCGCGCGGUCGAGUGUGUGUUUGCGUGUGUGCGUUGGGCUCCAGAGCGCGCAUCGCUGACGGAUCCGACGGAAUCGCUUUGAGCGCAGAUUAAUUAGCCCGGUUCGGAUCAGCCCGGCGCCGCACCAGCAUGUCGUCCCCGUCAGAAGCCCAGAACCAAGAACCGAACCAGGAGCCUCCCAAAGAGACGAGCGCGGAGCAGAACCAGGAGGAGAAAGAGGUAAAAGGGGAGGAGAAGGAUGCGGCGAAGGAGGAGGUGAAGGUGGAGGAGAAGGAGGAGAAAACGGAGGAGAAGAAAGAGGAGAAGAAGGAGGAGGAGAAGAAGGAGCAGAAAAAGGAGGAGAAGAAGGAGCAGAAGAAAGAAUCCUGGAAGGAUUUCAUCUACAACCCGCGGACCGGGGAGUUCCUGGGCCGAACCGCCAGCAGCUGGGGUCUCAUCUUCCUCUUCUACCUCAUCUUUUAUGGCUUCCUGGCGGGAAUGUUUACUCUCACCAUGUGGGUGAUGCUGCAGACGCUGGAUGAUAACGUCCCACGGCACCAGGACCGACUGGCCAAUCCAGGUCUGGUUGUUCGUCCUCAUGCUAUUGAGAUUUCCUACAACCGCUCGGAUCCAACAAAAUAUGAGCCGUACGUCCAGCAGCUGCACGACUUCCUGCAGCAGUACAACGACAGCAUCCAGGAGGGGAACGACUUGUGUCUGGUGGGUGAAUACACGGAUCAGGAUGAUCAGCCCAAAAAGAAGGUUUGUCAGUUUAAACGCAGCCUCCUGCGUCAGUGCUCCGGCCUGCCAGACACCAGCUUCGGCUACGCUCAAGGGGAACCCUGCAUCAUCAUCAAGAUGAACCGGGUCAUCGGACUGAAACCACAAGGAGAUCCAUACAUCAACUGCACCGUCAAGAGAAACACUCCCCUGCAGAUGCUUUACUUCCCGCCUGAAGGUCGUCUGGAUAAAAUGUUUUUCCCCUACUACGGCAAGAUCGCUCACCCUGAUUACGUCCAGCCGCUGGUGGCCGUCAAGCUGCAGCUCACUAAAGAAGACUACAACGUGGAGCAGACGGUGGAAUGUAAAGUGGAGGGGUCCAACCUGCGCAACAGCGACGACCGGGACAAGUAUCUGGGUCGGGUCACUUUCCGGGUCAAAGUCUUUCAGUAAAUGCUCGGUGCCAUGGACAUCCCGAUUUUACACGAAAACAAAUUUUAAAUUCAGGAAACUUUUAGCCCAGACCCGAUCUGCUCCUACACGUCUGAAUCUGGUUCAACAGGAUCCAACGACUGGAUCCGGACCACUGAGGUCUAAUGAUACACUGCCAGAACCUUUGCAGCCUCCUCGUGGUCCAGUCCACCCGGACACAUAGUUCACCCGUGUCCGUUCUACACAGCUUGAAGAAGAAGAGCUGCAGUGGAUCCGGUUCAGACACCGGGAGCAGAUCAGGUCUGAUGUGGAAGCAUGUGAGCCCAGAGCACAUCGGUGUGUUGUUUUUAGACUUUUCUAUGUUAGUGAGAUAAUAAGAAGUAAUCUGAUUCCCAUCGUGGGUCGCAGGGCAGCGCAGCCGGGUCAGCCUGAGAUAACGAACACUUUGGUGGCUCUGGCACCUGGUCUAAAACGAAACAGCUGCAUUUCCAUUCACCCAAACAGGAAUCACCUGUGGUGUUUUCCGUUAUUCCAACUGGGAUGUCCAGGUCCAGCAGCAGAAGUUUCUCUGUACUAACGAACAGAUAAAUCAUACGUACAGCAGGACAGUUAAAGUUAAAGUCUCAGAAUGAACAGAAAGAGCAGAAAAUAAAUCAAACAUUCUUGCAUCAUCCUGCAGCACCAGAACCGGCGAUGCAGGAUGAACCGUGAGGUUGAGGUCCGUUUUCCUGAGUCCAGUUGUUUGCUAAUCCAACCCAAUAAAGGCAGACUGAAUCUGAAGUCUAGAAACAGUCUACAUACAUGUUUUUUAGUAAAUAUGGGAACAAAACUGUUCUGUCUCUCAUGGUUUUGUUUGAAUGAAGUCUUAAACUAUCAAACAGUUUAGUUUGCUCUCUUUAUACUCCAGCAGAAACUCUCCAAAUGAGCGCGAUCAGAGGCGUCCCUAACUGGUGUUUGUUGAAUGUUAAAGUUCAUUAGUCCGUCCCAGUCCAGGGUGUCCUCUGGUUUCUUCUGAUUAUCACACAGUCCUCACCAUCGUCAGUCCACCUCCGUGGUUCACAGCAGGAAUGGAUGUUAGGCUUUGAAGACUUCUCCCCAGAUGAAGCGUUGAUGGUUCUUGGCUCUUCACUCUAAAUCAGGAGUUCUCAAACUUUUCGUAGCCAGGGACCCCUUAGCUCUGGUAAAAGUUUUCCAAGGACCCCUUUAAAUUCCUCAUACUGAUAGUUUAUUUAAACAGCCUUAUGUACUGUUAAAUACAUUAGGAAUUAUGUAUGUGUUACUUAGCUCAGCCCUGACGCAUCCUCAGCAACGCCUCCUCAGGCCCAACAACAUGUGUUUCACGGACCACCAACCCGUGGUUCGGGGACCCCUGGGGGUCCAGGGACCCCAGUUUGAGGGCCGCUGCUCUAAAUUACUUUGUUUGCCAGUUUUCUUUAAGCUUCCCUCUGGCAACCGGACCAUGCAGCCCCUUUGCUCUACCCGUGGCUCUGGGUCCAGCAGUGCUGGCGUAGCACUGCAUGAAACAUACUGGAGUCUCUCAUUAGGCUGGAAACUGUCCAACUUUUUCUGCACCCAAACUAAAUGCUGGCAAACAGAUCCCAGGCAGCCGGUUUCAUCUUCCAGGUUUGGUGCAGUUUUGAUCAGGCUCAUAUGGCCCGUUUCUGCUUUAAACUCUGAUUUAAACUGUGAUAGUGAAAGGUUUCGGCGAUCGACUAACCAUGAGUCACAUAAAAAAACAAAAUGUUGGAAUUAUUUGAAAUUCUGCCAUAGUUUCUAAACUUAUGAGCACAGAUGUAUCUUCAGCAAGUCGAUAGUCAAAACAAAAAGUCAGGAGAACACAUUUUGGUCACACCUCGGCUCUUUGGGUCCGGGUCGGCAGGGUUCAUAAGCUGGACGAGCCUCCGUUAGGUACCAGCUUGGCUCAGUUCAUCAUCAGUACAACCAUCAGGUCAGGUUGUGAUACAAAGAGACAACAGAUGGUGCGACGUAAGGUUGCGUACAUGUGCAGAUUUCUCAAGAUGGGAAAAGAAAACUAGAGAAUUGCUAAAGUCAUCAAGGACAAAGUCACUGCUUCUCCAACGAGCUCUCCAGGCUUUCACUAAACAGAAAACAAGACCACUAGGCCACAGAUUGAGAAUAAAUACCCUCCUUCCAGUCUCCUGUCAGCCAGUCCAGACUAACGGUGACAGUAUGUGAUGGUGAGCGAGUAAAAGCUGCCAAAAAGCAAUUAGUGACCGAUGAAAACAGUGACUCACUGUGCUGCCCUCUCCCAUCCAUGGAGAAUUAAGCAAAAUAAAGAUUUAACCCUAAUACAGUUAUUAUUUUAGCAGAUUUAUCUUAUUUAUUUUUCUCAGAUUUGUGAGAUCAUAUUCAUCAAGUGUAAUUUUCUUUUUCUGUUUAACAGCCUGUACAGUUUUUAAAAUGUGAACAAUGUGUGAUUGUAAUGAGUUUUGUGUGACCAUUGAACACCAUGAAGAAUAUCAGCAGAAUUAGUGAAAAGCUGUUUAAAUGACGUCACUGCUGUUUAAAUGUGCUGUGAAAUCUUUUGUUUUCUUCACAAUAACAGAGGAACUGCUAUGAAAGACAUAAAUGACGUAAUGACAUUGCUGUAUCUGCAGGAGGAGCAGAAAAAACUGGACAACUGAUGAAUCAACUCUGCUCUGAAUAAAACAUACAUCUUCUAAAAGCUG